CUUCACAAUUCCUUAGUUGUGAUUUUCUUUACCAUUUCUUUUGUUAUCCUAUCAAAGGGAUGUGAGCAGGAUGAGUGCAAACACCUCCAUGGUGACCGAAUUCAUUCUUCUAGGCUUCUCCCAUCUGGCCAGCCUCCACGGCUUGCUCUUCUCUCUCUUUCUCGCUGUCUACCUGCUGACCGUGGCAGGCAACCUCCUCAUUGUGGUGCUGGUCUCCAGGGAUGCUGCCCUCCAGUCCCCCAUGUACUUUUUCCUUCGCAUUCUCUCAGCCCUGGAGAUCGGCUACACGUCUGUCACUGUCCCCCUGCUGCUUCAUCACCUCCUCACUGGCCAGCGCCACAUCUCUCGCUCCGGAUGUGCUCUCCAGAUGUUCUUCUUUCUCUUUUUUGGUGCCACAGAGUGCUGCCUCUUGGCAGCCAUGGCCUAUGACCGCUAUGCAGCCAUCUGCAAACCCCUUCGCUACCCACUGCUGCUGAACCACCGAGUGCGUCUGCAGCUAGCUGGGUCGGCGUGGGCCUGUGGGGCAAUGGUGGGGCUGGGACACACCUCCUUCAUCUUCUCCUUGCCCUUCUGUGGUCCCAAUGCCAUUCCGCACUUCUUCUGUGAGAUCCAGCCUGUCCUGCAGCUGGUGUGUGGAGAUACCUCACUUAAUGAACUGCAAAUUAUCCUGGCUGCUGCUCUCAUCAUCCUCUGCCCCUUUGGCCUCAUCCUGGGCUCGUAUGGACGUAUCUUGGCUACUGUCUUCCAGAUCCCAUCUGCUGCUGGCCGCCACAAGGCCUUCUCCACCUGCUCCUCCCACCUGAUCGUAGUCUCCCUCUUCUAUGGCACUGCCAUCUUUAUCUAUAUUCGCCCUAAGGCCAGCUACGAUCAGGCCACUGACCCUCUGCUGUCCCUCUUCUAUGCUGUCAUCACCCCCAUCCUCAAUCCCAUCAUCUAUAGCUUGCGGAACGCUGAUGUCAAGGCUGCCCUAAAGAGAGCCAUGCAGAAAAUGGGGACUACACAGAUUUGAA